GGGUCCGGUGCCGAGUGGCCCUGGCCAGAAGAACAAAAAGGGCGAGUUACUCCUGGAAUCGAUAGAAAGAGCAGGUCAGUCCCUCAGUGAAGGAUCAUCAGAGUGUGAAAUGGAGAGGACAGAGGAUGACAUGGAUGUCACCAUAGAGGGCGAAGAUGAUGGAGGAGGAUGAGGAUACAGGGGGUAACAACUCAACCUAUGAGAUCGACCUCGGCAAUCUUACCGUCGAAGACACAGAGGAUGAACCUGUGAGUACAAUCAGCACUAAUGGGGUGGCUCCACAGGAUGAACCACCACUAAUCCUGGAGGAGGUUACAUCACCUGUACCUCUGGUGACGCCCACACAGGCUACUAAACUCAUGGCUCAGGUGCAAGAUAGUCACAUGGCCAUCAACUUCAAGUUCGAGGAAAAGGUCUUUACAAAUGGCCAGAAACCACCUCUGAUUUGUGGGUCAUGCCAGAAGGAAGGCCACUGCAAGGCAGACUGCCGGGAGGAUGAGCUUCCCCCCCUGGUGCGCCUGCCACCCAUGAACAACCACUUCCUUAACCAGCUCACAGCGAUCUUUGAGCAGCUUACGAAGGACUUUGAGCCCUCUGUUGAGGAAAUUGAAGAACGUGACCGGAUCGUUUCUGAUCUUGAGGCCUACAUCAAGCAGUUCUUCAGUGGUGUCCAGCUGAAGUUGUUUGGCUCGUCUGCCAAUGGCUUUGGUUUCCAGCGUUCUGACUUGGACAUCUGCCUCACUUUCAAGGGGAAUCCAGAGGGAAAGGACAUUGACCACAUCCAGAUAAUUGAAGCUUUGGCGGACAAGUUGAAGAGAUACCGUCAGUGUAACCAUGUGUUUGCAAUCACAACAGCCAAAGUUCCCAUUGUGAAGUUUGCCAUUCGUCGUGCCUGCCUUGAGGGGGACCUGUCUCUCUAUAAUACUCUUGCAUUGCAAAAUACGAAGCUCUUAGCAACCUAUGCAAAUAUUGAUCAUAGGGUGAAGUGCCUUGGAUAUGCAAUGAAGUAUUUUGCUAAGUUGUGUGACAUUGGUGAUGCUUCAAGGGGAUCCUUGUCCUCCUAUGCGUACAUCCUGAUGGUGCUUCACUUCCUCCAGCAAGUCAAGCCUCCCGUCAUCCCAGUGUUGCAGGAACUUUAUGACCACUCAAAGGCAGCGCCAGAAUACAUGAUUGAUGGGUGGAAUGCCUGGUUCUUUAGAGAAGCUAAAGGCAAGACCUUGGCCCAACACUGGAAAGACUAUGGGAAGAACCGGGACUCAGUGGGGCAGCUGUGGGUCUCAAUGCUGCGAUAUUAUACGGAGACGUUUAACUGUAGAGGGCAUGUGGUGACAAUCCGACAGUAAUGCUCCUUUGCCCGUU